AGCACACAUCGCCUAUCCGUUCAUCUGUCAGUCAGUUUGUUUCGAAAUCGGUGCGGAGAGUAAAACCCCGAGCACACUUCCCAAAUUCCCACUGCGAAGGGGGUUUGCUCCGUCGAUGUGGAAAUGGAUGACGAUGUGGAUGAGGAUGAGGAUGUGGAUGAGGAUGAGGAUUUUUGACAGGGCAGACGAUGUCGACGAGUGCCAUCAAUCGUUUAGACCACGACGCCGGGCGUCGGCGAUAGCGAUUGCGACAAAUCUGAUAUGAGAUUGGGAUGCGGAUGCGAAUGAGGAUGAGGAUGCGAAUGAGGAUGAGGAUGAGGAUGCGAAUGAGGAUGAGGAUGCGGAUUCAGAUUCAGAUGCGUCCCCGGUUGAGGAUUAUGUGCGUGUAAAGCGCACACCCACAAAAAUGCCACCCCUUCCGCCAGCCAACAGCCACCAGCCACCAGCCACGAAGUACGAAGUACCAAAAAGACACUUAAAACAGCCGGAAACAGUUAACAAGUGUCGUUGUCCGUUUGCCGGUCCUUUGUAUCAAUCAAAACAACGCGAACGGAGGCCCAGCGAAGUGAAUGGCCAGCGGGACGGACAAACGGACAAACGGACAAACGGACGGACAGGCGGACGGACAGAAGGACGGAGAGACGGACUUUAGCCAAAGAUUUGACAUGGAUCAGUAAUCUAAUGCCAGAUUACGUAUACGCAUGGCGGGACCCGCAAACUUUGGACCCUGCCAACCAACCAUCUAACCAACCUCCUUGUCGUCUGUCUGCGGCUAUGUGGCUGCGUUCCUCAAAUGCCACGCCCCCAUCUCCCCCAAACGCCCCCCCUGAGCGACAAACGCAUCCGAAACCAAACCAAAACCGAACUGAGAAGAGCUGAACUGAACUGAACUGAACUGAACUAUAGCGAACUGAGAGCCGGCAUGAAUGAAUGGAUGAAUGAGCUCAGCCCGGCUCAGCGCAGCUCCGAGGAAAUCCCGAGGUACUGGCAACUGGGAACUGGGAACUGGGAGCUGGGAUCGAAGAGAUGGGAGCCUGGGAAAGGCGCAGGCACACUGCGAGAAACUGCGAUACCAUCCGAGCUGUGGAAAUAUUUGAAUAUUUAAAAUAUUUCAGUUGCAAUCAUUUGUGUCUUCAUGUCGGUGAUUAUCUAAAUGCCAGUUUGCAUUUACACCCAACCAACCAUCGACAAUCAUCAAACGUCUUUUGAAUAGUUGCCACAUUUUCUUAGAGUGUGCCUGAGUUGCACAUUCCGUCCUGAAGAUGGCGCUGCGCCUGCGUCGCGACGUGCAGAAGGCCUCCUACUAUGUGUGGUUCCUGGGCGCCGAGGAGGCGAAGGGGCUGCGUGGCGCCCGCGUCAUCAACUCGGUGCUGCCCUAUUUGGUGGACAGGUCGCGCGGCCAGGAGCCGCUCAAGGUCACGCUCCAGGUCUCCCACAAGGGCAUCAAAAUCGUCCAGGGAGCCUCGAAGCAUCUGAUUCCACACAGUGCCAUAACCAGCUCCGUGCAGACGGACGACAUCGUCGCCUGCGUCCUGCUGCUGUACAAUCCGGCCACCAAGUGCCCGCUCCACGUCCACGCCUACCGCUGCGACUCGGAGACGACGGCGGAGGCACUGCAUCUCCAGCUGCAGAUCCUCAUCAACCGGCCCGACAACCAGAAGCGUUUCGAGGAGCUGGAGACCAGAUUGGGCAUCCUGCCGCCGAUUCCCAUGAACGGCAGCAACGAGAAGCGACACGAGUCGAACGGCAAGUCCUCGUCCUCCGGCGGAGCAGGACCUGGCUCACAGCACCACCACCACCACCACCAACUGCAGUCACAAACAUCGGGCGGCUAUCGUGAGGGUCGUCGUCACGAGACCUCCUCCCCGAAGAGAUUCAGCAGCUCGCUGGGCAGCGAUACGGGCAACAGCACCCGGGAAUCGGAGUGCAGCGAGGAGCACGGCCUGGUUGCGGGUGGCUCAUCGCCCGUUUCCCGCUCGCCGCCGCACGGCAACGCCAAGUCCCAUCCGCAUGCCCAUCCACAUCAUCCGCCGCCACAUUCGCUGCAUCAUCCGCCGCUGACGCCGCAGCAGAAUAGCGACCUCUUCGAUUCCCUGGCCGCCGAACUGAGGGCCAAGUUGAAUGGGAAUGGGCCGCCAUUGCUGCUGCCCCCCAGGGAUUACGAUACGGUGCACCGAUCCAAGGGCAAUCUCACGGCCAUCGAGCUGCGGCGCUGUCGGAACGCUCUCAUUGUGGGCGGUUCGCCGAAGGGUCAGGUACCGGGCGUGGCCAAUGUGGCGGGCGGAGCGGCGACCAACGCCAAUGGCAAGCAGGUUUCCUCGCGCGGAUCCUCGGGCAUCGGUUCCGAUCUGGCACCAAGUCCCGAGCGGCAGGAGCUCAACAGUUCCAGCGAUGACGAGCACUGGUCGAACGAGGCGGACAACUCGGUGAUUGCGCUGAAGCCGUCACAAAUCGCGUUGCCCCAUCACGCGCAACUGAAGCGGAAGAGCGCCGUCCAGCCGCCGGAGGAUAGCUAUCUCCGGGAUCUGCCAGCCAAGCCGUAUCAGCCGCGUCCCAGCGAAAGGGAACUGGAGCGGGAGAGGGAGCGGGAGCGGGAGCUCGAGAGGAACAGAGAGCGCGAACGGGAGCGAGAUCGAGAGCUUGAGAGGAAUAGGGAACGAGAGCGAGAGCGGGAGCGGGAUCGAGAACGCGAUCGUGAGCGGACCAAGACGCCAGCAUCCAAUUCGAACAAGUCGUGGAGUCGCGAGGAUGAGAUCAAGCCGAUCAUAAUGCGUCCGGCCGACUACGAUGCCAAGUUCAAUCGGGUGAUGCAGCAGGAGCAGCAGCAAUCCUCCGGCAAUCAUCAGCCGGCCAAAUUGCGGGACACGGAUAAAUACAACGAGAUCAAUCGUCUGCUGAACAAGAAGUUGGCACACGAGCCACGCGAUCGGAAGCCACGCUCUCGUCUCGAGGAUAACCACGAUGAUUUCGAGGACUCGGAUCCGGGCAGUGAGUCACUGCCACUGCACCAGCACCACCAGCAGCAGCAGCAGCAGGGGCCACCAGUGCAUCACCAUCAGCGCAAGGAGAACCUCACCGACAAGCAAAAGUUCAUGGAGUACACCAGCAAGAAGCAGCAGUUGCUCAAGAAUUACGGCGUUGGCGAGGAUCAGCGCUAUCGCCAGCGCUAUGUGGAGUCCACAACGGAGCAUCUGCCCUUCGAUCAUCCCACCGGCGGAGUACCCACAUCCACGGGUGGCUCAGCCGGUCACAACAAAUACGCCGCCGUGCACAGGGGCACGGAUCUGGGUCAAAGGACCACGGAACGUCGACAUGACAGGGAACGGGGUGACAGGGAUCAUCCCAGGGAUCAUACAAGGGAUCAUCCCAGGGAUGCUGACCGUGAGCGGCGACGGGAUCAUGAACGCGAGAGGGAGCACUCCCGGGAUCGCAAUCCCUACCGGGAGGCCGAGAGCCUGCCCUACAUACAGAGCAUGGAGAAGAUGAUGAAGUCCACGGGCAUGCGUUAUGGAGAAGGUGCUCCCAAGACCAGGGAGAGGGAGCGAGAGAGGGAGCGGGAGCGAGAUCGGGAUCGAGACUUCAGGGAGCCACCGGUCACGCAGGGCUCCCAGCGCGAUCGCUUCCACGAUGCCAAGGACAAGUUCCGGGCCAUGGAACAGCGUCCGGCGGUAAAUCGCUAUCCGGACGUGGAUGAGCGCGACACGCCGCACCGGGAUCCGUAUCGGUCGUCAUCCCGCCGGCGUCGCGGCUCCGUCGAGCCACCCAACACCUACGAGCAGUGGAGCGAGGAGGAGGAACCGCCGGUGGUCAGCGAAAAGUCCAAUUCACGUGACCUAAACCGAUCCCGCGCCAGAUCCCGCGGCGAAUGGGAACCGGAGCCACCCAGGCACUUGGAGCGCACUGUGCGGGACAGAGAGCGCGACAGAGAUCGGGACUACAACCGGGACCAGUCCCGGGAUCCCUACCGUCACGAGCGGGAGAGGGAGAGGGAAAGACCCGGAGGACGCGCCCACUCCCGAGAGUUCCUGCAGAGUGUGGAAACCAAGAAUCCAUCGACGACGGGUUCGGGUCGUGGCCACAUGGAGCGAUAUCCUUCACCCGCAGCCACGCCCAGCAGAUCUGGAGAGAUAGGAGGAGGUGGUGGUGGCGGUGGUGGCGGCGGAGGUGGCGCCGGAGGAGGUGGUGCUUCUUCCGGUGGAAAUUCGGGCAAGCCACUGACCCAAAUGCCCAAGGGCUACAGGCACAGCUAUGCAGAGCCCGUUUUCGCCAGAACCGGCGGAAGAGUUGGUCUGGCUGCAGUGAAUCCGUAUUGAGAAGGAUCGGAACCUAGCCAUUAAGUGGUUCUUGCUCUUGGAAUAGGAGCACCCCUGACCAAAAGUGAAAACCGUGCAACGAAGUCCAAACUAAUCGAAGGGGGGGAAAAUAUGUGGGUGUCGCUAAGGUCUUAAUGGAUUUUACGAAAUCUUUACAAAAUUAUACAAAUUUUUUUAAGAAUCCCUAAAUAAUUUCCCAAAAGUGCAUUUCAUUUUGAGAUCUACAAAAGUAUAUACAGAGAUAUCAGCGACACUCGAAUAACACAAAAAAAUAAAACAAAUAUCCAUGUAAACAUUUAGUCUAAGAAGAAACAACAGUGGCUACUGCUUAUGACGACUCCAAAACGAUCGAACGAGUUUUCAUUGUCAGCACUUUGCUAUAGCAAAGUUUGCCCUCUCAAUCGAGAUACACGCGGCAGAUAUAUAGAACUAUAUAUCCAUUCAUUCCUGCCCCGACAUCAAAACGCGCCUUAAAUGGGGGCCGUUGGGGAUCCGAGAUCGGAUUGAACAGUAAGGCGCCAGCCCCUGUAAUUAUGUGCCUUCAGAGAGAGAAAUCGUGUUUUUAUUAUAUGCAUAAUACUGAUUUAGCCUACGAUUAUAUGUAUAUGUAUAUGUAUAUGUAUCUAAUGUUAUCUAAAAGCCAACGAAACAAGAAUCGCUUUGGAUUUCUUACCAUUUUUUUUUUUGUUUUUUUGAUACCUUAAGUUGCGCGGUUGGUUGGUUAUUCACCUUUUUUUUUUUUGCUAUACAGUCCACAUAUGUCAUGAUAUCUGAUAUCUGUAAGCAUAUAAUAUAGAUAAAUAUACACAAUAUAAAACAUAAAACAUAUGCAUAGCUGAUGUAUCUAUUUGUUAUCAACUUGAUAUUUGCAUUAAUA